AUGGAGCAUCAGCAGAACCAGCCGCCCCAGGGUGGUGUCCCAGGCCCAACCGGCCGGAGACUUCAUAUUGCUCAUCGCAGGAGUCCGUCGGAGCUGACGCCGCUCAUGAGCAUGUUCUCCUCGCCCGGCAUGGAACAACUAGCUAUACAACAGCAAAUCGAGCUACUUCAACAGCAGCAACAACAGAUUCAGGCGACCCAUCAGCAAUAUGUCAACAUGGGAAUGAUCCCGCCGGCCCAGCACCUAGCUCCCGGCGGAUACAACCCUCUGCAGCCGCAGAUGCAGAACCUGUCGCCGCAACCUGGCUUCCAGUUCCCUAAUCAGAUGCAGCAGCAACAGCCCCAGCAGCAGAUGAACCCGCCGAUGGGCGCUCCCACGCAACCCUUAUCACAUCGCCGUAAUCAAUCGGCACUUCCCAACAUGGGAAUGGGCCCACCACCAGCUCCAUCAUCCGGAGCUUCGGGUUCCGCGUUUGGCGACUUUGGAGGACAUCCUCGAGAAAAUAAUAACACCCGUGGAGGUCGCGGGGGCGGACCUCCCGGUGGUGGGCACCAGCGGCGUCACUCACUGGCAUUACCUGAGGCCAAGAAGGCGGCAGAGCUUGCCCAACAGAAACGAACUACAUCUGGAUUUCAAUUCCCAAUCCCAGGCGCCGCCGGCGCAGCUCCAGCCGGCGCCGAGCGGACGGAUAGCCCCUCGGGCGAGGACAAGAAUGCACAAGGACAGGCUCCUGGAAAUCUUUCUUCAUCUGCCCCUAGCCUGCGUGGUCGAGGCGGUGGUCAUGGCCGCAGCCAGAGUAUGGCUGUUGGAGCCAAUGGCCGUGGCGGGUCUUCCAUGCGUGGAGGCGGAUCAUUCCAAUUUCCUCCGAUGCAAGCCACUGCAGAUGCCGGCGCGAGCGGGCAGGGCAAUGAUUUCCAGAAACGAGGCUCCGUGGGCCACAAUCGUAAUUCGUCCCGCAACUUUGAAGGGAACUGGAGAAACCAACCAGCUCAGGGACAGCAGGACCAGCAAGGGCCCAUGGGCAAUUUCCAGGGCCAGCAACAGCAACAGGGCGGCUUCCAGCCUGGACAUCGUAACCGUGGCUCCGUCAAUCAGUCUAUCAACUCUCUUGGCUCGUUCCAAUAUGGAAACCAACCCCAGCUGGUGCAAUUACCACAAGGUCAAAUGGCACUCGUUCAGCAGCCCCUAUUUCCCGGCCAACAAUUGAAUCCCCUACAGAUGAGCCAACUCCAAGCUCUUCAAGCUGCUCAAAUGAAUGGUCAUGUUGGGCUCCAAGGAAGCCAGCAUGCGCCUCAGCUUUCGUCGCAGCAACAACAGCAGCAGCGCAAGACCCUUUUCACACCGUAUCUCCCUCAGGCAACACUCCCAGCGCUGCUCGGAGAUGGACAACUCGUCUCUGGCAUCCUCCGCGUCAAUAAGAAAAACAGGAGUGAUGCUUAUGUCUCAACCCAGGAUGGGUUGCUUGAUGCGGAUAUUUUCAUUUGCGGAAGCAAAGAUCGCAAUCGUGCACUCGAAGGUGAUCUAGUUGCUGUCGAACUGCUUGACGUGGAUGAGGUCUGGGGCCAGAAGCGCGAGAAAGAAGAAAAGAAGAAGCGGAAAGACAUCACCGAUACAAGAUCCAGUGGAUCUACCAACGGUACAGACAGAGCCCACCGGGAUAACUCUACCACCGGUGAUGAGCAGCCUAGUACCAACGAAGGUGGGAUUAGGAGACGGGGCAGCUUGAGACAGCGCCCAACGCAGAAGAAGAAUGAUGAUGUCGAAGUUGAAGGACAGAGCCUUCUUCUGGUCGAAGAGGAAGAGGUCAAUGACGAGCAGAAACCUCUCUAUGCAGGCCACAUCGUCGCCGUCAUUGAGCGUGUGGCUGGCCAGAUGUUUUCUGGGACCCUCGGCUUGCUUCGCCCUAGCAGCCAGGCUACGAAGGAGAAGCAAGAGGCUGAACGUCUAGCCCGCGAUGGUGGUUCCGGCCGCCACCAAGAGCAGCGCCAGCAGGACAAGCCCAAGAUUGUUUGGUUUAAGCCUACUGACAAGCGAGUACCAUUGAUCGCCAUUCCAACAGAACAAGCCCCCCGUGACUUCGUUGAGAAGCACCAGGACUAUGCUGAUCGAAUCUUUGUCGCGUGCAUUAAGCGAUGGCCGAUCACCUCUCUGCAUCCGUUCGGUACCCUUGUUGAGCAGCUCGGUAAAAUGGGAGAAUUAAAGGUUGAGACCGACGCUUUACUCAGAGACAAUAAUUUUGCUUCUGACGACUUUUCUGAUGCUGUUACCCGAAGUGUGGGACUCGAUGAAUGGUCUCUGGCGAAGGAAGAUGAGGCGGCAAUUGCUGCUCGCCGAGACUUCCGGGACGAAAAGACCUUUACCAUCGAUCCUAAUGGCGCGAAUGAACUUGAUGAUGCCAUUCACGUCAAGGAGGUUGAUGGGAAGAUUGAGAUUGGUAUUCAUAUCGCUGAUGUUGCACACUUCAUCAAGGCGAAUUCCCUUGUUGAUCGCGAGGCUAAGAAGCGAGGCACUGCUGUGUAUCUGAUGAACAGAACUUGCGCCAUGCUUCCUCCCAAGAUCGCCUCGGAGAUCUGCUCUCUGACCCCCGGGCAGGAACGUCUUACCGUCAGUGUCGUUUUUAAGGUCAAUCCUCUCACCGGCGCCGUUUCUGAUGACGAAACAUGGAUUGGUAAGUCCAUUAUCAAGAGCGCCGGCAAGUUGACAUACAAGGACGUUGAUGCUGUGCUUUCUGGCCAUGUUGAGACCAAGCUCCAAGGAGCCGAAUUUAAGGACAUACAAAUUCUUCACGCCGUCGCCCAGAAAUUCCGGGAACAGCGUCUUGGUACAGACGGGGAGACAAUCGCGCCAUUGAGACUCAUCUACCAACUGGAUGAUGAGAACGUCCCUGUUGAACAAAACAUCUUUGACUCAACAUCAUCCCAUGAAUUGAUUGAGGAAUUGAUGCACAAGGCGAACGCCUAUGUUGCCCAGAAGAUUGCAAAGGGCCUGCCAGAAAAGGCACUUCUUCGCCGACAAGGCCCUUCGAACCCACGAAGAUUGCAGACUUUUGCCGAUCGAAUGAACAGGCUCGGAUAUGAGAUUGAUACUACAAGCAGUGGAACUCUCCAAAACAGCUUGUUCAAGGUUGAUGAUACUAACCUUCGGAAGGGAAUGGAGACUCUCCUGGUCAAGACAAUGCAGAGAGCCAAGUAUUUCAUUGCUGGCAAGACCCCUGCACAUCUCCAUCCCCACUAUGCGUUGAAUCUGCCUCUUUAUACCCAUUUCACAAACCCAUCUCGUCGCUAUGCCGACCUAGUUGUCCACCGCCAACUUGAGGCUGUGCUCUCGGAAGGCAAAAUCGAAUAUAACGAGGAUAUCGAUAUGCUGGUCAAGACCACUGAAUCCGGCAAUACCAAGAAAGACUCCGCUCAGAAUGCACAAGAACAGAGCGUUCACAUUGAAUCCUGCCGAAUCAUGGAUCGGAAACGGGAAGAAGCUGGUGGCGAGCUCAUCAGUGAGGGUAUUGUCAUCUGCGUGUAUGACUCUGCUUUCGACGUACUCAUCCCUGAGUAUGGCUUCGAGAAGAGGGUGCACUGUGACCAACUGCCACUGAAAAAGGCAGAAUUCCGCAAGAACGACCGUAUUCUUGAACUGUACUGGGAGAAGGGCGUUCCCUCUUCGGCAUACGUCCCAGAAGAUGAACGUCCCAGGCCCGGCCUGUCUCAGAGGACAACCAACGCUGCGGCUGCCGCAAAGCAAGCCGCCGUUGCAGAACGUGCCAAGAAGGAACACGAAGAAGCCCAACGCAAGCAAAUGGAGACAGGCACUAUCUCGACUGAUGAUGUUGAUGCUCUGUUUGAUGAUGAGGAUGAUGUUUCCGACAUCGCCGAGGGUCUUUCUGGCGUUUCCCUUGCGGAGCGCCCAACACAAAGUGUGCCGCCGUCGCCCACCAGAAAUUCACUCACUGCAACCGGUAACCUCCAUCGCACUCGUUCGGAUUCCAAGGUGCCAGCCGGUGAACCUGUUGAGGCGAAACUUAGCGCCAAGGAGAAAUACUUGAAGCUCUUCACUCUCCGAGAGGAGAAUGGAGAAUACAUCCAAGAUGUCAAAGAAAUGACCAGGGUACCUGUGAUUUUGAAGACCGAUCUCACGAAGAGUCCUCCAUGCCUUACCAUCCGCUCUCUCAAUCCCUACGCGCUAUGA